GGAACUAGCCGCCCGCCAUGUUAGUACAGGUUCUGUAGCCGCGCUGGAGCGGAGACCCCGGCAGGGCCCAGUCCCCGGAGCGCCCGACAAGCAGCGGCGCCGCCGCGUCUCUCAGCGGGGUGCUCGGAGCCCGGCCGGGGAAACGGGGACAGCGGCAGCGGCGCCGGGAGGGAAGCGGCGCUGGCGGCCCGGGCUGUUCUCGCCGGCGGCGGGUCCCCGUCUGGGCUGUAGCCGGCGGCGGGUCCCCGGGCAGGGGGCGGUGCUGCUGCCGCUUCUCCCGUGAACGAUGCGGCACCCGCCGCUGGGCUGGGUCGGAGCUCGGCCGGCGGCGGCCCCUUGCUGUGUCCGGGCCGAGGCCGCCGGGUCCCGGGCCCCACGCGGCGGCCGGGCGAGCGCAGGAUGCUGAGAGCGGCCCCGCGCCCUGGUGCUGCUGCCGCGGGGAAAGGGCCCCCCCGGGGCUGAACGCGGACUCUCCCCUUCCUCUCCCGGGCUCUCGGCGCCUCCCCCGGGCCCUACCCGCCCCCGCCGAGUCACCGCCUCCCACAGGAGUCGCGGCGGCGGCGGCGGGGCUGCUCCUCCCCCCGGCCGGGCCGCGCGGCGGAAGAUGGCGUGGGUGCUGAAGAUGGAUGAAGUGAUCGAGUCUGGGCUGGCGCACGAUUUCGAUGCCAGCCUCUCCGGCAUCGGGCAGGAGCUGGGGGCCAGCGCCUACAGCAUGAGUGAUGUUUUGGCACUGCCAAUCUUCAAGCAGGAAGAUUCCAGCCUUCCACCAGACUGUGAGACCAAACAUCCACCGUUUCAAUACGUUAUGUGUGCUGCAACAUCUCCAGCAGUCAAAUUGCAUGAUGAAACUCUUACUUACUUGAACCAAGGUCAGUCCUAUGAAAUACGGAUGCUAGAUAAUCGGAAUAUUGGAGACAUGCCGGAGAUCAGUGGAAAACUGGUGAAGAGUAUCAUAAGAGUUGUGUUCCAUGACAGAAGGUUGCAAUAUACAGAGCACCAGCAAUUGGAAGGUUGGAAGUGGAAUCGCCCUGGGGACAGACUUCUUGACUUAGAUAUUCCAAUGUCCGUUGGAGUAAUUGAUAUAAAGACAAAUCCAAGCCAGCUCAAUGCAGUCGAAUUUCUGUGGGAUCCUGGAAAGCGUACAUCUGCCUUUAUUCAGGUACAUUGCAUCAGCACUGAAUUUACCCCACGUAAACAUGGAGGUGAAAAAGGAGUUCCUUUUAGGAUUCAGGUUGACUCUUUUAAGCAGACUGAAAAUGGAGAAUACACAGAUCAUUUGCAUUCAGCCAGCUGCCAAAUCAAAGUUUUUAAGCCAAAAGGAGCAGACAGGAAACAGAAAACAGACAGAGAAAAGAUGGAGAAGCGAACUGCACAUGAAAAAGAAAAGUAUCAACCUUCGUAUGACACCACAAUCCUCACAGAGAUGAGGCUUGAGCCUAUAAUUGAAGAUGCAGUUGAACAUGAGCAGAAAAAGUCCAGCAAGCGGACUUUGCCAGCAGACUGCGGUGAUUCUCUGGCAAAGCGAGGCACUUGCUCACCAUGGCCUGAUACUCCUACGGCAUUUGUAAACAACAGCCCUACCCCAACACCAACUUUUACCUCUGCUCAACAUAGUACCUACAGUGUCCCAGACAGCAAUUCUUCCUCCCCAAAUCAUCAAGGAGAUGGAACUUCUCAAGGGUCUGGAGAUCAACUUCAUCCUUCAGCCACAAUCCAGGAAACUCAGCAGUGGUUACUCAAACAUAGGUUUUCUACCUAUACAAGGCUUUUUUCAAAUUUCUCAGGUGCUGAUUUAUUAAAGCUGACAAGAGAGGACCUGGUACAAAUCUGUGGUCCGGCCGAUGGCAUUCGGCUAUAUAAUGCACUGAAAUCCAGGUCUGUUAGGCCCCGCUUAACAAUCUAUGUCUGCCAGGAGCCAUUGAGGAGCAUACAACUGGAAAGGCAGCAAGAUGCAACCAAUGGUGAUGAUAACAAUGGUGCAAUAUAUGUUUAUCAUGCAAUCUACUUAGAAGAAAUGGCAGCCUCAGAAGUCACUCGCAAACUUGCUUUGGUGUUUAAUAUUCCUUUGCAUCAGAUUAAUCAGGUUUACAGACAGGGUCCUACUGGUAUCCACAUCCUGGUUAGUGAUCAGAUGGUUCAGAACUUUCAAGAUGAGAGUUGCUUCUUAGUCACCACAAUAAAAGCUGAAAAUGGUGAAGGUUUCCAUAUAAUUCUGAAGUGAUGUCAUAGAGAGAGGUGUGUGUGUGUGUAUAUAUAUAUAUAUAUAUAUAUAUACUGGACUGAUAUUCCAAUGCAGAAUGAAGUCACACUUAAUGACGAUGAAGAACAUCCAAAAACUCUUAGGAUUGGACUUCACCAUAUUAAAAUGUUUCAUAUUGAAAACACAAGACCUUUCUAAUGAGCUGUUUGAUAGGUGAACUUUCUUAUCACUGCCAUAGCUAAGUGUCCUCAUAAGAGGUAUAAUGCCAUGACAGCCUAUGUACAGGCAUGGAAGACAAUAUAAGCAAAGGUGCUUGCCCGUUACUGAAAUAAGGCAAAUUAUGGCCAGUAGAUACAGUUUCUAGAAGCAGUAUUGCUUUCCUAUUGUACUGUGUCCAGUUUGGAGAUGAAUGUAAACUUAUUCUGGGGCAUUUACCUUUCUAUGCCAGUUUGUCUAUUACUUGCUUGUACGUUAUGCUGAUUUUAUUUUUUGAUGUUAGCAGAGCACAUAGUAAUCUGUGUGGAGACGAGUAGUUAAGAUGAUAGUGAUCAGGUUGUGGGGUCUUUGAGAGUAAAGCUGUCAAAACAGCUUCCCUGUGUAAAUUGUGUAUAAGAGUGUACGUAAGAAAUGUAAAUGCCAGAAUAGGAUUUUAAUAAGUCCUAGCCAGAUGCAAUAUAUGCAUGCAGCAAACUGCAUUAUUGACAGUACCUUAUUGAAAGGAUUAACAUAAAUCCUGUGGGGUACGAAGUAAUUGUUUUGCUUUUAACAAAUUUAAUGGAAAAGAAUUGCCUAUGCAUCCUUAAGUUUUAGUUUCCAGUUUCUGUAAGAAGCACUGCUGUGGGGUUUUUUUUUUGCUUUUUAAAAUGGUGGGGUUAAAAACAAUAAACUGCCAGUAAUGAUGAUUGGGGGGAGCCGAGAUUGUGCUAACAGGGAAAUUUGGCACAAAGGGGCUACAACCCAGCUUUAAGUACUGUCAAUUACGUUGCUCAAGAAACACUAAAUAUACCAUCACUUAUUCUCUUUAUGGGCAGGUAUCUUGCCCUUUUCUGUGAUUUCUUUAUUCUCAGAUUGAUUCUGUACAUUUUUUUUACACUGCCUCUUCCAUAUGACCAAAUACUUGAUUUUGAAAAAUCAUAUUGCUUAUUUCAAAAGAUGAGUUUUUCCUUGAGAUUGUCAAAUCUAUGGCAGUGAAAUUCAAACAAACAUUUUAAUAUUAAUGUCCACUUAGAGUUUAUGGUAUGAAUUACACCUCUACCCUGAUAUAACGCAGUCCUCGGGAGACCAAAAAAAAAAAAUCUCUCUGCGUUAUAUCAAACUUGCUUUGGCCCCCUGUUCCUUGUUCCCUGGCACUCAUGGGCAGCAGAGCAGCCUGUUCUGCUCCACUUCCUGCUGCAGAUGAGUGUGGGAAGGUUGGGGAAAGGAUCUCCCCACCCCCACUGGCAUUCACCUGUGGUGGGAAACAGUGAUGCAGCCCUAGCCUGCUCAGCUUCCCUUGCCAGGGCCUCCAACAGUGCCCUCCCACAGCUCCUGCCCCCCUUAGAUCAGUGUGUCUGAGCUUUACCUGCCUUGUAUCAGAUUGUGUUAUAUGGGGGUAGUAGUAUAUUAAUUAGGUACUCUGGGGAAGAUUUUUCAAAGGCAAAAAAAUUCCUUUAACUCUCAGUAUCCCCCAUCAAUUUGAAAGUUUUGAAUGCUGUAGUGUGAAAUCAUUUAUAGAGAACAAAAACUACUACAGCAUCCAAAAUGCUACUUUGAUAUUAUUUAAUUCCUUCUUUAAAGUGCUUGCUUACCAAGAAAGCCUUUCUAAAGCUCUAGCAACUCUGCGAACUUAAAUGUUUUUCUACACUGAUAAAAUGGAAUUUUGUGGACUUAAGUUCGAGUUUCUUCUGCCUAUAAAUUGUUCAUCUUUUGGUAUUGGUUGGGUCUUAAUAGUUUAUUGAACUGACAAUUGUCAUUUCACCUCAGCACCAUUUUCAAAUCCUAAAUGUUUUAUAGAAGU